GUCAACACAAUGAUGCACGUAUGAACGUCGCUCUUGCAUUGUCCGCCGUUUCACAUGGCGCAGUUGUUGCAAAUCACGUGGAGGUUACACGAUUAUUGAAAGACGAUGAGGGCAAAGUCAUUGGAGCACGAGUCAGAGAUAAUUUGAGCGGUGAUGAAUGGGACAUCAGAGCUAAAGGUGUAAUAAAUGCUACUGGUGCAUUUACAGAUGGUAUUCGUUCUAUGGAUAAUCCUAGAUGUGACAACAUUGUCGCUCCAUCUGCGGGUGUUCAUGUUGUCCUACCAAACUAUUAUAGCCCCCGAAAAAUGGGCAUGAUUGAUCCUUCUACAUCAGAUGGGAGGGUAAUUUUUUUUUUACCUUGGGAAGGAAGUACAAUUGCUGGAACAACAGAUUCACCCACUGAAUUGACGUACAACCCAAUGCCUAAAGAAGAAGAAAUACAAUGGAUUCUUAAUGAAAUCAGAACAUACUUAAGUCCUGACAUUGAAAUUCGACGCAGUGAUGUUCUUGCUGCUUGGUCCGGAAUUCGUCCUUUAGUGCGUGAUCCUGGUGCCAAAAAUACGUCAGAAUUAGUGAGAAGUCACAUGAUUAACGUUAGCCCUUCCAAUUUAAUUACAAUUGCGGGUGGAAAAUGGACAACAUACAGAAAUAUGGCAGAAGAAACGGUUGAUACAGCUAUUAAAGUAUUUGGACUGAAACCCCCGAAUGAAUGUCGUACUGAAAUAACGAAGCUUAUUGGGUCGCACGGAUAUUCUCCAACAAUGUUUAUAAAGCUCAUUCAACAAUUCAAAUUAGAUACUGAA